AUGUCGGUAAUUGAACGUCCAGACGAUGAAAUCUAUCGAUUCCUUCUUUCGCAUAGUACUAGGAGGUCGGAUAUCUUGGUUGGGGUUCGUUUGCGCCCUGAUCAGUGGGAUGAAUUGAUGACGAAAAUGCGUCCUGUCGUCGAGGAGGUCUUGGAUCGCAGUAUUCCCUUCAGUCAGCAGUCCGAAGAACGUAUCGCGUUGGUUAUCGACACAGCGAGAGACCGGCUCGAGUUCGUGCGUGAAUAUCAGGAUGCGUGGCCUGCGCUGCUGUAUACAGAGCGCAACAUCUCGAUCCAUCUGAGACAUCAGGAGGAGCGUCGCCGCGCCAACAUCCCUGAUGAAGACGGUAGCGUUUCGGUAUCCGAGGCGGACGCUGAUUCGAUUGGCACUCUUUCUUCUGCGUCGGAGUCUCGUUCCCCCUCGCCUAAUGUAUCCGAUGUUGAGCUCGUUUCUGUGUGGGAUCCUGCCGAUCAUCUGGUCGAUUACGGUCUUUGGCGGUUCCUCAAAAGGGACUGUGUUCUCGAUCUGACUGGGUUCGCUGGCACGUUCGCGAGGCUUGGUGUGCCAGGCUUGCUGGAGUUUGAUGCGCUGAUCUGGGAGCGCGGUGGUGCCAGGUUCAAUGAAUUCAUGGAGAAUAACGGGAUCGAGUUUGGUUUUACUGAGUUCGAGAUGUUCCUCUUCAAGUUGGCGGUCGGAAAGCGUCAGAGGAGGCGAGUUCAUUGA